CUGGGACCCCUCUGCAGCACGGCGGGUGGCUCUCGCCCCUCAGGAGGGCAGGUGUUGUUGCUGGUUUGCUGGCGUGCCCGUUCCUGCCGGUGUUGGUGAUGUUCAGGGGUCCUUCCUGCGGGAGGACUGUGGACCCCGGCCGUGCCAGCGGCCGCUGUCCCGAGGGGACGCCCUACAGCCGCGGGGCUGUUGUUGGCGGUGGCCCGGGGACUCCGGUGGGGAGGAGGACGAGCGGCGGGGUCGAUGCUAUCGGCAGCGAUGGGGCGGUGCCAUCGGCUCUCGGCUGGCGCUGCCUGCGGCCGCGGGCGCGUAACCCACCGCCGUGAGCGGCGGGGCCGGGCCGGGCCAGGCCGGGGUCCCGCGGCCUCGAGAUCCUCUCAGGGACCGUUCCGGGCCGGGCCGCGACACCGCGGGGACAGCAGCGCUGCGCAGGUGGGUGAUCACGGCGCGACAGCCGCUGGCCUGACGGACAAGCCCCGAGAGGUGCCGGCGCGAUGAACGAACCCCCUGCUCGGUGUGGGGGAUCUGGGCAGUGGCGGGGAAUCAGUGCUGGCAGAUUUUUUUGGGUCUGUUUUGGUUUUGUUUGGUUUUUUCUCAGCAGAGCUGCAGAACAUUUUUGCAGGGAUGAACUGAAGGGAUUCCAAAAGGACCACGGGAUGAUGGAGACCCUGGGGGGGCCUCUGGUCCACCGGCCUACUCAGAGCAGAGACAGCUCCGAGGUCACAUCAGGGGCUCGGGGCUUUGUCCCGUGAGAUUUGGCAUAGACAACACUGCAGGAAGAAAAUGACCCACUGGUUCCAUCGCAACCCUCUGAAGGCUACAGCUCCCAUUUCAUUUAAUUAUUAUGGGGUAACCACUACUCCAGCUGCAACAAAGGUUUGCAAUGACUUGCGGUUGUCUCGAACACAGCUAUUGGAGCUGUUUACAGACUCAAGUUGUAAUCCAGAAAUUAUGAAGAAUGCAGCUGACUUGUACUUCUCACUCCUGCAAGGUUUUAUCCUUUCACUGGAUGACUCUUCCCAAGAAUGUAAAUUGAGAUAUAUUCAGAAUUUCAAGUGGACAGACACAUUACAAGGACAAGUCCCAAGUGCCCAGCAGGAUGCAGUGUUUGAACUGAUUUCCAUGGGAUUCAAUGUAGCUCUAUGGUACACAAAAUAUGCAUCAAGACUUGCUGGAAAAGAAGAUAUAACAGAAGAUGAAGCAAAAGAUGUUCACCGCAGCUUGAAGAUAGCAGCUGGGAUUUUUAAACACCUGAAGGAAAGCCACAUUCCAAAAUUGAUUACACCUGUGGAAAAGGGAAGAGAUUUAGAAGCUCGACUUAUAGACUCCUACAUCAUACAGUGUCAAGCUGAAGCUCAAGAAGUCACAAUUGCUCGGGCUAUUGAGCUGAAACACAAUCCAGGCCUAAUAGCUGCUCUUGCUUAUGAAACAGCCAACUUCUACCAAAAAGCUGAUCAAACAUUAUCCAGUUUGGUUCCAGCCUAUGCAGGUAAAUGGAGGAAGUACUUAAACUUGAAGAGCUGUUUCUAUAUGGCCUACGCAUACUGUUACCAUGGCCAGACUUUGCUGGCGAGUGAUAAAUGUGGGGAAGCGAUCAGAUCUCUGCAGGAAUCAGAAAAAUUUUUUGCCAAGGCUGAAGCGUUGUGCAAAGAAUAUGGAGAAACCAAAGGGCCUGGGACUACUGCCAAACCUUCUGGACAUCUUUUCUUUAGAAAAUUAGGAAGUUUGAUUAAGAACACAUUAGAAAAAUGCCAGAGAGAGAAUGGAUUUAUCUAUUUCCAGAAGGUGCCAGCAGAGGCUCCCCAGCUGGAAUUGAAAGCAAACUAUGGCUUAGUAGAGCCUGUUCCUUUUGAGUUUCCUGCUUUGAAUGCACACUGGACUCCUGAAGCAGUUGCAGCAUUUGAUCUCACGAAGAGGCCAAAGGAGGAUGCCGCUAAACCAAAACCAGAUGAAGAAAUAAAACCUCUGAAGGAACCAAAUAUAAAGCCUCAAAAAGACAGUGGAUGCCAGAUUUCUUAAAUGCCAUAAGUGCUUUGAAUUUGCUUUGAAACUCUAUUCAUAGGACUCUGGGGCUUUCAUUCUGAUCUCCUUUUUUUGAUUCUCCUCUUUUCAUUUACAAGGCUAAUUUAGUUUAUCUUUGUUAAUAUGUGUCUAUCUUGCUUUAGAUUGUGGUGGAUUUCUAGGAGGUUAUUUAUAUCUGACUUGCUUUUGGUUUCAAUGGGAUAUCAUAGAAUGAGUGGGCUUAAAUGUUCCUAUUGUGCCUCUAGGGAGUUGCUUUUUGUGGGUUUAGUUUUACCCACAAAUAACAAAGGAAGUAUGAUUGUAAUGCUUGAGGGUUUUUCCAUUACCUUAUAUGCUGUAUCAUGUCCAAUUCUGCAAACAGAAGUUUGCAUGAACAGUUAUAUCUAUUCAAGUUUUGUCAUUCAGCUUAGGACCCUGUUGUGUUCGAAUUCACCUAAUUGUAGUGAGGGAAGAAAAUCUGGGUUUGGUUUAUAACAGUCCUAUGAUAUGUCACAGGACUUGCACAGAAGUUGGGAAGCCUCAAAUUCUGCAUAACAGGAGUACAAUUUAUGUUCCGAAACGAUUAGCCUCUGUUCUUUCCUCUAUAGAUUAGGGUUUUUAUAUUAGAAUUUGUAGUAAGGUACCUUAGCUUUGUCUGUCCUUUAAUCCAAAUCCCUUAGUAUCAAAGUGUAUCUGAAAGUGAUGCAGCAAGCAAUAUGGAAGUGCUUUAAAGGAAAGCAUCCCUGUGUCAUUUGUUCAGAGUUUUUGAAUCUUCAAAGCUUUGUUAAGUUUGAAGGCUGCAGACAGUUCUAAC